AUGGCACCAAGCAAGAUCAGAAAAGCCUUAGGGGCAGUCAAGGACAAGACAAGCAUAGGGUUGGCAAAAGUCGGUAAUAGCGCGUCGUUGUCGGAUUUGGAAGUGGCCAUUGUCAAAGCUACAAGACAUGAAGAAUACCCGGCCGAGGAACGAUACGUGAGUGAGAUCUUAAGCCUCACGUGCUACUCGAGAGCGUAUAUAAGCGCGUGUGUUAACACGCUCUCUAGACGUCUCAAUAAGACCAAGAAUUGGAUUGUUGCGCUCAAAACCCUAAUGCUAAUCCAACGUUUGGUGUCUGAAGGUGACCCGGCUUAUGAACAAGAGAUCUUUUUCUCGACUAGGCGUGGUACGAGGUUCCUUAACAUGUCGGAUUUUAGAGACACUUCUCUAUCAAAUUCAUGGGAUUACUCUGCUUUCGUUCGUACUUAUGCUUUGUAUCUCGAUGAAAAGCUCGAGUUUAGGAUGCAAAGUCGAAGAGGGAGAAGAAGUGCGUUUGGAUUGGAUAACGAAGAAGGGGAACAAAACAAUAAUAUUAAUAUUAAUCUUUACGAUGACGAUGAUGAUGAUAAUAAUAAUAAUGGUAAUGGCGGUGGCAACGACAACGACAAUAGUCAGGCUAUUGUUGUAAGAAUUGCUCCUGUACGAGAAAUGACAACUGAACAAUUAUUCUCGAGGAUACAACAUUUGCAACAGCUUCUCGAACGCUUUUUGGCUUGUCGUCCCACAGGUGCGGCAAAGAACAACAGGGUGGUGUUAGUAGCAUUGUAUCCAAUCGUGAAAGAAAGUUUCCAAAUAUAUUACGACAUAACCGAAAUUAUGGGUCUCCUAAUCGAUCGUUUCAUGCAGCUAAGCAUCCGAGAUUGUGUCAAAGUGUACGAGAUUUUCUGUCGUGUCGGGAAGCAAUUCGACGAGCUAGAAUUGUUCUAUUGUUGGAGUAGAAGCACUGGAAUUGCUCGCUCUUCUGAAUAUCCCGAAGUCGAAAAGAUUACUCUGAAGAAACUCGAAGUCAUGGAUGAAUUCAUUAAAGACAAAUCCGCCUUAGCUCAAUCCCAGAAGGAUAGAGGAAAGAACGAACGUCAUGAACAAAUCACAAACGAAGAAGAAGAAGAAGAACAAGAGCCAGAGCCAGAACCAGACAUGAAUUCGAUUAAAGCUCUUCCACCGCCGCCCGAGGAAUUCAAAGAAGAAGAACAAGAACAAGAACAAGAAACCGCGAUAGAGAUUAAGGAAGAGAUCGAUGAAAUUAAGCCAAAACAAGAUUCAUUAAUGGGUGAUUUAUUGAAUCUUGGUGAAGAACUUGCAUUAACAAGAGAACAAAAUGCAAAUAAAUUGGAAUUGGCAUUAUUUGAUGGAAGUUCUUCAACUACAAACCCUUCAUCAACUCUUCCAUGGCAAGCAUUCAAUGAUCCCUCAUCGGAUUGGGAGACAACAUUGGUGCAAUCAGCAAGCCAUUUGACAAGCCAAAGAGCUGAUCUUGGUGGAGGAUUUGAUAUGCUUUUAUUGGAUGGCAUGUAUAAUAAGCAAACAACAAUGAUAUCCACAAUGGGUAGCUCAGGGUAUGGAGUAAGUGGCAGUGCAAGUAGCAUGGCGCUUGGGUCUGCAGGGAGGCCAGCCAUGCUAGCCUUGGCAGCCCCUCCGUCGUCCGAUGGGAGUGCGAGCUCAUCCUCGAUCGUAAGCGACCCCUUUGCUGCGUCGGUGGCGGUGGCGCCCCCGUCGUACGUGCAGAUGUCGGACAUGGAGAGGAAGCAGAAGCUAUUGGUGGAGGAGCAACUGAUGUGGCAGCAAUAUGCAAGGGAUGGGAGACAGAUACAACAUAACCCUUAUACAGGAGGAUUCACAAGAAGUUAG